ACAAAGCUCAUUCAGCAGCAGAGUGGAAGAGCAGGCCUCCGAUCGCUCCUCAGUAAAUUAUUUGUCAGCGCACAGAAAGCAGAAGGUAUGGGUGGACAUAAUGACUCAAGUGCAUCUGAGAAGAAACUGAGUGAGGCUGCAAAUGUUGUGCCAACCCUCAAUGCUGAGAAUUUGCAAAGUAACUUGAAAGUUAUAUAUUACAGCCGAACGUUUAUGUCUAUCAUCGGUGGGGUCAUUGCUGGAAUUUUGGGAUUCACAGGCCUUACUGGUUUUAUCUUUUAUUUUCUUGUUAUGGCUGUCACUUCAGUUGGACUCAUUGCCAAGGCAGGGUUUACAGUUCAUUCAUAUUUUGAUAGCUGGAACCAGAUUAUACUUGAUGGCUUUCUCGGUGGGCUUUUGUCAUUUGUGCUGUUCUGGACAUUUGCUUAUGACAUUGUGCAUAUAUUCUGAGGAGUUAUCUGCAACAUCUCGAACCAAAGGAACCCUGCGUUGCUGCUAACUAUUUACCAUAUCAAGAAUGAAGUGAAUCCGCUGCUGCUUUGGAGAUGGCCAAGUUAUUUGUAUUAAACGAAUGUAAUUGCGGGCAUUGUCCACCUCUAUUUUUCCCCGUGAAAACACUUUAGCUAAAAGGCUAGCAUGCUUAGGCAUAUUGACUUACCUGCAGAACUUUUUGUUUUAGGUCAUUUGUUUUAUGAAAGCUGCUUUGUUCGUUGGACUGUAAUCACAAUAGUUUUCUUCCAACCAAUUCAAAUGUUAGAUAAAGGUAAAGAAAUGAAA